CUCAGAGCCUUCCUGAUGUAUAUAUGCAGGUAGUGAGAAUUGAAUCGGCCCUUUGAGACAGUAGUAUAAUAAAACUCUGAUUUGGGGAGCAGCAGUUCUCCUUAUUUUUCUACUCUCUUGUGGGAAUGAGUUGCCAAGCUUUUACUUCGGCUGAUACCUUUAUACCUCUGAAUUCUGACGCCUCUGCAACUCUGCCUCUGAUAAUGCAUCACAGUGCUGCCGAGUGUCUACCAGUCUCCAACCAUGCCACCAAUGUGAUGUCUACAGCAACGGGACUUCAUUAUUCUGUUCCUUCCUGUCAUUAUGGAAACCAGCCAUCAACCUAUGGAGUGAUGGCAGGUAGUUUAACCCCUUGUCUUUAUAAAUUUCCUGACCACACCUUGAGUCAUGGAUUUCCUCCUAUACACCAGCCUCUCCUGGCAGAGGACCCCACAGCUGCUGAUUUCAAGCAGGAACUCAGGCGGAAAAGUAAAUUGGUGGAAGAGCCAAUAGACAUGGAUUCUCCAGAAAUCAGAGAACUUGAAAAGUUUGCCAAUGAAUUUAAAGUGAGAAGAAUUAAGUUAGGAUACACCCAGACAAAUGUUGGGGAGGCCCUGGCAGCUGUGCAUGGCUCUGAAUUCAGUCAAACAACAAUCUGCCGAUUUGAGAAUCUGCAGCUCAGCUUUAAAAAUGCAUGCAAACUGAAAGCAAUAUUAUCCAAAUGGCUGGAGGAAGCUGAGCAAGUAGGAGCUUUGUACAAUGAAAAGGUGGGAGCGAAUGAAAGGAAAAGAAAACGAAGAACAACUAUAAGCAUUGCUGCUAAAGAUGCUCUGGAGAGACACUUUGGAGAACAGAAUAAACCUUCUUCUCAAGAGAUCAUGAGGAUGGCUGAAGAACUGAAUCUGGAGAAAGAAGUAGUAAGAGUUUGGUUUUGCAACCGGAGGCAGAGAGAAAAACGGGUGAAAACAAGUCUGAAUCAGAGUUUAUUUUCUAUUUCUAAGGAACAUCUUGAGUGCAGAUAAGAUUUUUCUGUUGUAUAAUAGCCCUUUUUUUUUUCCUGUUUCAUUCCUUUCUCUUCCUCAACAAAAACAGAAAUUAGUUGGUUGACUUAGAAUCAUUUUAUAUCAAUAGCUUUUACAGAAGCUUACUUUUCCAUUUUUUU